CGUUGUGUGAGAGUGAGUGAAAACCAGUCAGUCAGUUAGGCGAGCAGGCAAGAGCAUGUUCGGUACGGGAGGAACUCUGUUACGAGCACGUUUAAAUGAUUGUGUGAUAGAUGCGUGAUUAUAGAUGUUGACGAUCGAAUAUAUUGUUAGUCCGUUGAAAGAAAAAGAAAACGAAACAUCGUUAUAUCUAAAAUUUGAUCGGUAACGGUGCACUGCCAUUUCACUGCCGCGAAAACGAGAACUCGAAUUUUUAUACUCGUUAAAUAUUUGUGUUCCCUCGGCAUUUAUUUUGAUUAUCCUUUUUGAGAAUCUUAACAAUUUCGUGUGUCUAUCAUAACAUCGUAAUAACCGAUAUAACCUAGUUCUGUUUUCAUUUUUUCUUUUCGUGCCUACCGGUCUGCGUUUUAAAGCUUGUGUAAGACGAUAUCGAUAGAUCAUAGUCGCGGACACCAAUGGACGUUUCCCACGCUAGUGUCGUGCCGCCAGUUUUGUUACACGUGACAAGUGAACAGAGGCUUGCAGAAAAAUGCCCAGCCAAACUACGACUAUUCUUCUUAAGUGUUCCAUGGUGGAUGUGCCUGCCCUUAAUCACGUAAAAUUGAAAUCUCUGUACGGAAGUCCUGGAACGCUGCACAAAGAUGUCGGUGGUGCUGGUACCAAGGUCAGCGGAAAGACGGUCGGCGGUGUCGGCACUGCAACCCUUACCACGCUCUCUUCCAUUAAUAAUACAUCCAAUACCAGCCGGAACAAGAACAAUCCCGUAUCUCAAGAGAAAUUACUGUCAUUCUUUCAUCCCAAAACGACGCGAGUGGACAAGUCCGACAACAACAACACAACCAAUUCCACCACCAACAAUAUUCACAACAACCUGCCGAUACACGAGCCUAUCAACGCCACAUCUCACGAUGUAUAUCGUAUNGCCAAUGACAGCUCCAGAAGCUCUCAAGUAUUAUGGUUCGAGGCUCACCGAAUUUGAGCGCAACGAAAUCGAAAAAUACUCAGAGAUUUGGUACCUUGGUCUGUCGGCCACGAAAAUUCAUGGCGAGGAGGGCUCAUCCCAAAAUGGUGGAUACGACGACGAAAACGGUAGUUACAACAAGGUCUUCCACGAUCAUAUCUCGUACAGAUACGAGAUAUUGGAGGUGAUCGGGAAAGGAAGCUUCGGACAAGUGAUCAGAGCGUUGGAUCACAAGACAGGACAGUACAUUGCCAUCAAGAUCAUCAGAAAUAAAAAGAGAUUCCAUCAUCAAGCUCUCGUCGAAGUGGAGAUUUUGGAACAUCUCAGGAAGAAAGAUCUAGAGGCGAAUGCGUCGCACAAUGUGAUACACAUGCUAGAAUACUUCUACUUCAGGAAUCAUUUGUGCAUCACCUUUGAGUUAAUGAGUUUGAAUUUAUACGAGCUAAUCAAAAAGAAUAACUAUAAGGGAUUUAGUCUGAGCCUAAUACGACGAUUCGCCAAUUCGUUAAUUAGCUGCCUGAGACUGCUGUAUCGAGAGAAGAUAAUUCAUUGCGAUUUGAAACCUGAAAACGUGCUUCUGAAACAGCGGGGAAGCAGCUCGAUUAAGGUGAUAGACUUCGGAUCCUCGUGUUACAGCCAUCAGCGUGUAUAUACAUACCUUCAGUCCAGAUUUUAUCGAAGUCCAGAAGUGAUUCUGGGUCUUCCAUACGGUACCCCGAUCGAUAUGUGGAGUUUGGGUUGUAUUCUAGCCGAACUCUAUACCGGUUGUCCAUUGUUCCCGGGCGAGGAUGAAAUUGAACAACUUGCCUGCAUUAUGGAAGUUCUUGGCCUGCCACCGGAACAUAUUAUUAAUCACGCAUCCCGUCGCAGGCUUUUCUUCGAUCCGAAGGGAAGUCCUCGAUGCGUGACAAACAGUAAGGGCAAGAAGAGAUGGGCUGGUAGCAGGAAUCUUGCCAUAGCUCUUCGUUGCACCGAUACACUUUUCGUCGACUUUGUUCGCAGAUGCCUCGAGUGGGAUCCAAAGAAACGCAUGACCCCCGACGAGGCGAUGCGUCACGAGUGGCUGAACUCGUCCUCCUUUCACGUGAGCUCCUCGACGUCGACGAUAGCCGCGUCGACGGUGAACGCGAACACGAACGCGAACGCGAACACAACGAGCAUGGAAACGUCGUCGCAAUCCGCCCACGCUCAAACAGUUAGCGUGACAGUAAGCGCGCCCAGGCAACGGGCUACCACUGUCGAGGAUCCCCCUUACACGAUGUAUCGUUUGUGCAAAGGUCGUAAGUACGUGCAGAGGAUCAGCACGACCGAAAACACCGACAACGCAGGCCUCGUAGUGAAGAGUAAGCUGAACGGAAGCGCGAGCAGCCACGCGCUCGCGAGUAGCACGCAGACUACUACCUCGAGGCACGCCUCGACCGGCGAUAUCGUCGCGAGUCUGGACCCAAAUCUCGACGAUUCCGGCGCCACCGGCACGAGAAAAAGAGAGAGCUGCCCACAGAAGCACUUUGUUCGACUAUAGUCAGAGCGACGAGUCCAACAUUUAACGAGUGUAGUAUCUAAACCACGUACAUAGAUCACACAUAACCUCACACACAUACAGACACAGAAUAAAUUUAUAGCGAAACAAGAAAUAUCAAAUUGUGUAUAAUAAUUAACAUAAUAAAACUCGUGUGCGUCCGUAUGCAUAUGUGCGUGAGAACGAAAGAAGAAAAAGAAACAGAAAUAUCAGAAAGGAACACAGAGGGAAGAUAUAUUAGAUAUGUUAGAGAGAAUGUGUCCAGCGAGAAUGCGUUACAUUAUCGCAUAUACAUAUAUACAUAUACAAUUUUAAGUGUUAAGUAACCCACGCGGAAGCGAAAAAACGAGUUAAAUAUAGGAUAUUCAUUUAGAAAAUAGAGAAGACCGUUCGAACAACGUAGCUCCGAUACAUGGAGUCCCCUGUUUCCCAUUACUCUUCCCUUUGGUACUGUUCUAUUGUGUAAAGUCGACGAUUAAAUCGUUUAUAAAAUUUUCAAUUAGAAAAGAUUUAGAAAAGUAUCAGAAGAAAUGUUUUCCUUGAUAUAGAUUUAUAAUUAAAGGCUUAUAUAAGUCUUAUAUAUUAUAAUGACGAUCUGGUCAUUUGAUCUGUUCGACGAAUUUAUUGUUCAAAUAUGAUUAACACAAAUAGACGUUCGAUAAACAUUGUUACGCUAUGACUACUGUUAUUUCAUAAGCAAGAAUAUACAUACAUAUAGAUGUCAAGUGUCUAAAGUGUCCUAGAAGCAAAAAAAUUAUAAGUGCUUAAAUGAACAGCUUAAUUUUACAUCCAAUACUAAACAUUUAAUUGAGAAACACUUUAUUCUCGUUUUAUAUCGGUUUUUAAACGAUUUAAUCGAAUCGAUUGAACACAUUUGACGCGAAAAAUUUACGAGCACGAAAAACGUGAAAUUGAAUCGAUAAAUCUUUUUCUCUUUCAUUAUGGUUUUUCGUUCUCACGAGUUAUUCACGUCAAUUGUACAGUCCUCAAAUUUUUUAGUUGUGUUCACUAUAUUGUAUACAGUGGGAUCAAAUUACAUGCGUUAGGAUCGACUAAUCUACGUAAACUGAUCAUCUCACGUUUAACAUGUCGCCGUGUAUUCGCGCAUGCGUACAUGUCUUUCGUGAAGUGAAAUUUGCCUAAAAAAUUUAAAUAAAAAUUAUUGAAGUAUACUUUCUUUAGAAAUAAACAAAAGUUAAAAAAAGAAAAAAAAGAAAGAUAUGGGACAAAGUGAUGUUUAAAUAAUCAAUUCAUGUAUCUUCUAAAACAAAAUUUCUUAUGUCAAAUUCAAUUGGAUUGAGAAAGAAUCAUUACCGUCUCGUAAUCCAACUUUAUCGGUUAAUAAUAACCGAAAUAAUGGACAUACAAGACAGUUACUUUCUAGUCCAAAAACAUGUUACGAAAAAAGGGGGAUGGUCUAAAAAGGUCUAAACUCUACUAAAGAAUAAAAGGGAAGGCUCUCUUUCAGGCUUCAGCGUGGAAUGCUCUUAGUGUAUAUCUGUUAGGACAACGUGUAACUAAUUAUCGAGUUAACGACGUGAUUAGAUUUAUCAAAUUCAAUUAGAUAGUAACUGUGCAUAAAUGGCGAGAUCGUUGCCAUAGCCAUGACCGCGACCGUCCCUUUUCCCCCUCCCUUCUGAACAUAAUAUCGAUCCAUAAUGUUCGAUUAAUUCACAAAAUUAUCCUUGUGAUGAUUAAUUGCUUAGUGUAUCUCAAUAGGACAAUCACAAAUAAUUUUGUAUUAGUGUAUUACCAAAAUUACAAUUAAGCGUUUAUGGAAUUUCAAAUGGCGAAUAUUAUUUUUCUUUUUUUUUUGUCAAAAUCCAAACAUUGAGGUUCUAUGCGCUGUUGCCGAUUGAGAGACUAUAACGGAAUUUGUAAAUUUUCUUCACAUUGUAUGUUUCCGUCAUUGUCAAGUUCUCUUUAUAUAAUUAAAUUUCAUGUGGUUAAUAUAGAUCGUAUUUCUCGAAAUAAAAGCAUGUACAAAAUGUAAUAAGAAAUAUAUCUUUGGUAAUGACACAGAUUUUCGCAUGUUUGAGAUAAAAAUCGAUAGCAUAAAUUCUAAUCGUGAUUUUCUUCAUUAGCAAUAUAUUAGCAUUAUAUUAUUUUGAGUUAUUAUACUAAUUAAACAUAUAAAUAUAUGCAUAUUAUACAUAUGAGAUUUUUUUAUUCGAAAUAUAAUGAUGAGCUUCGCAAAAUAAAAAAUAAAUAAAAUGGAAUAAAAUCGGGAGGGGGAAAGGAUAUCUCACAGAAUAUAGAAAAAAUAUGGGAAGAAAUGAGAGAGGAGAGAGAGAAUGAGAGUGAGAGAGCAGGAAUUGAUAAUAGUGGUUUGUAACUCGAUGUUGAAUAGCAGGAAAGACCUUGUUAUUAUCGUGCAGUGUGAGUUCGUCAAUUUCUGCUCAACUUAAUUAUAGUGAACGAAAAGAAGAAUUGCUAAUAAUAAAUGAUUAUAAUAAUGACAUUAGUAUAUGUAACGAUACAAUACUGAAGCAUCAUCAUCUUUUGUAUCAUUUGUUCGUUUGUUUUUAUCUUACUGCGUUUGUCUUUCAUUAUUAAUGCAAUACCAAGAUGACUCGGUUUCGACACGGUAUCUUGUGUGUAAAUAUAUACUAAUAAAAAAUACAAACAUAUAAAAAUGA